GAAAAUAUCAGGCUCAUGGUGAAAUAAAAUACUACUCUUUUCUUUCAUCAGGUUGGACUUUAAAUAAAGCAAAAAUUUAUCCAGUAAAGGGCUUUCAUGAAGAAAUUAAAGAGAGAAAUGACAAGCAAUAAAGAAACCAGGCAUUUGUGUACCAGAGAAACCACCUAAAAUAACUAUACAGAAUCAGACAAAAGGAAUGAAGACACCUGGAAGACACUUUACCUAGUGUGAUAUUUUGUCCACCUUUUCAUUAUAAAGCCUGCUAAAGACAGAAUAUAGUUUUCUAGAGAAUAAAGUGUGUAAGAUAAAAAUGGAGACCAUAGUUUCUGAAAUCCAAGUAGAAAACAAGGAUGAGAAAAGAUCAACAGAAGGUAGUCCUCAGGAUGAAAUACAGGAGAAAAAAGCAUCCAUGCUUUGCUUCAAGAGAAGAAAGAAGGCAGCCAAAGUCCGGAAACCCAAAGCUAACUCUGAAGCUGCUGAUGUGGCAAGGAAGUGUCCCCCUGAAGGAGGAGCUUCUGAUCAGCCACAGACCCCAGGGAGGGCCUGGGCCUCAAUCAAAAGUCUUGUAACACGCAGGAAAACAUCAGAUUCUUUAAAGCAGCAAAAGCCAUUUGAGACCGAAGUGCAACCUGAAAUAAAGGCUGAGGAUGCUGAUCUUUCGAAGAAAAAGGCAAAAUCCAGACUUAAGAUUCCCUGUAUAAAAUUCUCAAGAGGGGCAAAACGGAGUAAUCACUCCAAAAUUAUAGAAGAUUCAGGCUGUAGCAUCAAAGUCCAGGGAAAGGCUAAAACUUUGGAUAGUCAAACUCAGACCGAAUCUAUUGAUCAAGCAACCAAGGCUUCCCCUGAAGGCAUCUCACAGAAAAAUGGUGGUGGGGUCUGUGAAUCAAAUGUGAGCAACAGCCUAAUUUCUGGAGAAAAAGUGAUUUCAGUAGAACUUGGAUUAGACAAUGGGCAUUCUACUGAUCAAACAGGAACUCUCAUUAUCGAAAAAGAAAUUGAAAUAGUCAAGGAAAAAGAUAUUCAACCUCAGCAAGCAAGCCCAUUUGAAAUUGUAGAAACAGAUCAUCAGCAAUCAGUUUCCGAUGUUCCUCUGUCACCUGCAAUCCCAUCAUAUCAGCAGAUUAUGGGAGAAGCCAGUAACAGUAGCCUAGAAAGUAAACCAAACCGGAUAAAUUCUGAAAGUACAGAGAUUGUAGCUAAAGAGAAUAAGCCAAAAGAUACUGAAUCAAGCCAGGAAUCAGACUUUAAAGAAAAUGGGAUCAGUGCAGAGAAACCCAAGUCAGAAGAAAGCAAAAAAAUGGAGCCAAUUGCUAUUAUUAUUACAGACACUGAAAUCAGUGAAUUUGAUGUUAAAAAAUCUAAAAAUGUCCCUAAGCAAUUCUUAAUUUCAAUAGGAAAUGAGCAAAUAGGGGUUUUUGAUAAUGAUGGUGGUUUUGAGGGUAGAACUUCAGAACAAUAUGAAACACUCUUAAUAGAAACAGCUUCUUCUCUUGUCAAGAAUGCUAUCCAGUUGUCUAUAGAACAGCUGGUUAAUGAAAUGGCCUCUGAUGAUAAUAAACAAUCUUCUACAGUGACUUAAUCUCCAGAUCACGAGAGAAAAAAAAUUAAUGAUGAAUUAUUUUACACUUUUGUGGCAUUUCUUAGUCAAAUGAAAAAUUUGUCAUCUGUGGAUUAUUAUUAUUUUUUUGAGACAGGCUCUCACUCCGUA